AUGUGCAUUUUUUUCUUAAUUGACGGAUACUGACUCCCACUGUAAUCCACGCCUGUGUAAGUAAAGUAUGAACCUACAAACCAACCCUUCUUAAAGUUUGAGUGUCUUAUUUUGAAAUUUCAGCCGCCGGAAGUUGAGUUUUAAUAGUUCUAACUUGGCAACAGGCGCACUUUAAUGCCAACUUUUUCAGCGUGCACAGGCGCACUGUUCGCUGCCAAACAAGGCUGCGUGGAACUGCGAGGACUUCAUGCUGCAGUCACGUCUAAGAAAACAGAUUUUUUAUUUUAUGACGAAAGUAUAAACAUAUAAAGGAUUGUAGCGGUUACAGACAGCUUCCCAGUGCGGCUGGUGACAUUUCUGUGGAAAACGCAUUCACAAUUUUGGAGCGGAGGAUCUUUGGAAUAAUGUGGGGAAUCCAGAGGACUCGGUACGCGGACUGCAACGGCUCUGAAGCGAGUGAAGUGGCGGAGAUCGUGGUGAACAUCGGCGGAGUGAAACAGGUGUUAUAUGGAGACGUGUUGAAUCGUUACCCGGAGACUCGGCUGGCAGAGCUGGUGGACUGUUCUCUGAAGUCUCAUGAAGAGAUAUCCUCAUUGUGUGACGAUUAUGACCCAGACACUGCGGAAUUUUAUUUUGACAGAGACCCAGAAGCAUUUAAGUGUAUAGUUGAGGUGUAUUAUUACGGCGAGAUACACAUGAAAAGGGGUAUUUGCCCGAUUUGUUUCAUGAAGGAAAUGGACUUUUGGAAAAUCGGCGCUGAUUUUCUUGACGAAUGCUGUAAAAGCCACCUUAAAGAGGUCCAGGAUGAACUUGCAGAGAUCGCAGAGAAAGUGAGAACUAUCCUGGUAGACAGAGAGGGAGACCCGUCUGCAGGAGCAUGCCAGCGCUUCCAGACGUCCCUCUGGAGGCUGAUGGAGAAGCCGGAAUCCUCAGUGCCUGCACACGUCAUCGCAAUACUUUCCUUUAUCUUCAUCCUCAUCUCCUCCGUGGUGAUGUGCGUCGGGACAAUCCCCGAGCUUCAGGUAGAAGACUCAGAGGGGAACCUCACUGAGCACCCCACUCUGGAGGUCAUCGAGACGGUGUGCAUCGGCUGGUUCACCAUCGAAUAUCUGCUACGUCUGAUCUCCUCUCCAAACAAGAUCAAAUUCGCCCUGUCCUUUAUGAACAUCAUCGACUUCAUGGCUAUCACGCCUUUCUUUGUGGUGCUGAUUCUUACCUCCUUUGGCGCGGGCGUAAUGGAGCUGGCCAACGUGCAGCAGGCGGUGCAGGCGUUGCGCAUAAUGCGCAUUGCGCGCAUUUUCAAGCUGGCGCGCCAUUCCUCCGGACUCCAGACGCUCACAUCUGCGCUUAAGAGCAGCCUGAAAGAGCUCGGACUGCUCCUCAUGUACAUGGGGGUGGGGGUCUUCCUUUUCUCAGCACUGGGCUACACCAUGGAGCAGAACCACCCGGACACGCUGUUUACCAGCAUACCGCAGUCGUUCUGGUGGGCUGUGAUCACCAUGACCACUGUGGGGUACGGGGACGUGUACCCUAAGACCACUUUAGGUCGGUGUAACGCGGCCAUCAGUUUUCUGUGCGGGGUCAUCGCCAUAGCGCUGCCCAUACACCCCAUCAUUAACAACUUUGUGCUGUUUUACAACAAGCAACAAGUCCUGGAAACUGCAGCCAAGCAUGAGAUUGAAUUGAUGGCGCUGCGCUCCAGUGAAGGCGAACUAAGGGCUGCACCUGAGCACCAUGAACACGUUUGCAGUGCUGGGGUUUGGGACUCCUCCGUGAGCUCCUGUCACAGCGAGACAUAUUUACCUCUACUGAAGGACCCCAGGGGAGGGUCCAGUAUGCAGACCCCGAGCAUGGAGACCAGCUUUGAGAGCACAGCAGAGGCUUCAGAAUAUUUCAUCUCAUAAACUUGGAAAAAAACUUGUCUCUUCUGAUAAAAAAAAAAAAAAAAAAAUAUCCAGAAGAUAAACACGAUCAAAUUAUUUAUUCAGUUUUGAACUGCUAAAUAUGUGUGGAAGAUGGGAUCAGAAUUUGAGAAUAUCCCCGCCCUAAAGAAGAUUAAAUGGAAAAAUGUAUUAACUUUGGACUUGAUAAACCUUGACUUUUUACAGUGAAGCCAUGUUUGACUAUGGUUUUCACUUGAACAGCCAGUUUUCCCCAUGUAGGCAUCCUUUUUCAGCCAAUGUUUAUACACUGCUCAAAAAAAUAAAGGGAACACUCAAAUAACACAUCCUAGAUCUGAAUAGAUGAAAUAUUCUCAUUGAAUACUUUGUUCUGUACAAAGUUGAAUGUGCUGACAA